CUGUCACAUGUCAGUAAGUUUCACUUCUCACUGAGACAACACAGGAAGUAAAAGUUGCCCUAAAGCAAAAGAAGAGAAAGGCAGAGACGACGAGUGAAGCUCUGGAGCACCCUUUCUCCUCAAAACAUUUUUCAUACUGCAUUUCAGCACAGUGGCUGUUACCAAAGAAGGUCCAGCAAAAUGCUUCCGUCUGUGGCAGUAAUGCUUAUGCUGCUAUCAUUCACCUAUGGUGAGAAUCCUGCAAUACAAGUCAUCCUGACCAACAAGGGGCUGCAGCAAGGGGUGCAUGAAGCUACAGGACUGAUUCAGGAGAAGUUGGAGAAACUAACUUUACCUGACAUCAGCGGUAGAAUUAACAUCCUAAUUGGCCAUGUAGACUACACACUAACAGGUGUCACCAUAACAAAAUGUGACCUUCCAGAGCCGACUGUGAAGUUUUUUCAGGAACACACAGGAUUCACUGUUUCCAUCUUAGGCCUCAGUGUUGCAUUAACUGGCGACUGGUCAACACACUUUGGCUUAAUACAUGAUGGCGGAUCAUUUGAUAUGGCUAUAUUUAACUUAGCUUUGACCUCUGCAGUGGAGCUGGGGAGAGAUGCUAAGGGCCAUCUGUCUGUCACCAGCAUCAGCUGUGAUGCUCAGAUUGGAGAUUUGGGUGUCAAAUUCUAUGGUGGAGCCAGUAAGAUCUUCCAGCCAUUCGUGGACUAUUUCAAAGGGCAUUUCAUUAAAAGAAUAAAAGACAGAAUCUGCCCUGCUCUUGAGGAAAACAUUGACAUGUUGGAGUCCCAUCUACAGGCCAUGAACGUUUCCUUUGAUGUGGAUCAAGUUCUUACUCUUGACGUUCCGCUAACUGGGUCACCGAUAGUCACUGCUGCAAGUAUGAAACUAGGGUUUAAGGGGGAGUUCUACAGUAUCAAAACUCAUGAAGAGCCACCCUUUGUGGCCCAUCCCUUCAUCCUGCCUGAGCAGCCAGAUUACAUGCUCUCAGUGGGUCUGUCUGAGUUCACUCUGAACUCUGCCUUGUAUGGGUACUUCUCAGCAGGAGAGCUUCAGGUCCACAUCAAUGAAAGCAUGGUUCCUCCAAAAUCUCCUGUACACCUGAACACUAGCUCAAUGGGAAUGUUUGUUCCUCAGCUCCCCAAGCAAUUUCCAGGUCUGUUGAUGGAUCUGCAGGUUUAUGCCAGACAAGCUCCGACGUUUUCCCUCCAACCCGGAGUUGUUAAACUGGGUGUUCAGGCUGCUGUGAAUGCCUUUGCCAUUGAGCCAAAUGGUACCCAGAUCCCACUGUUCAUACUCAAUGUUGACACACAAUUUAGUGGUAAAGUGUGGACUGCUGAUGAAAAACUGAAAGGCUCUGUAAUGAUGGAUAAUUUUACGCUGACCUUGGUUUCAAGUAAAGUGGGGACCGUUAGGAUUGAUGCUUUGGAAAAUACAGUGUGGGCAGGCAUGAAGCUAAUGAUCUUACCAGAAGUGAAUGAAAAACUGGGAAAUGGUAUUAUUUUACUCAGAACAAAACAUGCACAGCUGAUUAAUUCAGUUCUCAAGAUGGAGAAGGAAUUCAUAGCUUUUUUCUCAGAUGCUCAGAUUCUACAAACAGAAGAAAACUUCAACAAAUAAACACCAAACAUGAACGAUCUUUAUUUCCACUGAUCAACUUUGUCUGAAUCUUUUUCCACUUGGCAAAUAAACUAUGUCAAAACAAAAAAAGCUAAAUCUACCCAAGUCUGGGGUCUGGAUUAAAGAUGAUUAUAAAUCCUUGCUAUGCAAUACAUAUUAAACAUUUUAACUCCUAAAUGUCUCAUGUAUAAUCAGGUCACAUAAAUGAUGCACUUUGUUGUUCACGUUUGCUUCCUAUUAAAAUAUUUCAGAAAUG